AUGAGUGUGCUCGUAGCAAAUCAUACCAGCAUUUUAAACAAUGCUACAAUAGUAAUAUCAUUAGCAGCAGCAAAUCCAUGUCCAAGACAACGCAAUAUUACUCGACCGUUCUUAUUUGUUCAUAAUUAUGCGUUAUUCUUUUUCGGUUCAAUAUUCAAUUUUCUUGCAUUUGUUAUCCUUAUGCGACGUGCAUUACGAUGCCAUUCGACAUUCACUUAUCUAGCAUUUUUAUCCCUAUCAAAUGGUUUACUAUCAUUAGUACAUUUUUCCAAAUGGAUGCUUCAAUAUUAUUUUCAUAUUUUAACUGAAAAUUUUUUAAUAACAUGUCGUUUCGAUCGUUUUCUAUCGGAUUUUUUAACACAUUUCAGUUUAUUUACAUUAAUAUGUGUUAACAUUGAUCGAGCUCGAACUGUAACCAAAAGUUGUCCAAGUAGAAGAUAUCCCAAAUCAAAAUUUCAUUUAGUAUUAAUGAAAGAAUUUCUUGUUGCAACUAUUUUGUGUGUUUUUCAUUUUCAUUGGAUUAUUAAAUAUGGCUCUGAAGUUUCCGAUGAUGAAAGACAAAUAGUAGUAUGUGACUAUCGUGCAAAUCAAAGAGCAACACUUUAUAUUUAUUUUCUUACAACAAUCUAUCCACCAUUUGAAUUGGUCGUAUUUUUUGGUCUUCCUCUCUUGAUUAAUAUCGUUUGUACAAUAAUCAUUAUACGAAGUUUAAGUAUACGAAUGCGUACUGCUGAAAAAUACCGACCAUCAAAAGGAAGUCUUUCAGAGAAUAGAAAGCAACACAAUUCUGAAGGAAUAUUAUCUUAUAUUUUGCCUACAAGAGCAAGUAAAACACAUAUACGUUCAUGUUUUUGUUUUCAAAUGCAAUGUCGACGACAUACACGUUUACGUUUAAAGAUGGGUAGAACUCAAAAAAGUUUACAUAAAUAUCGUGAAGAAAAUGCAGCUAUUGAUCGACAAAUAUCAACUACAGAUUCAUCGAUUGAGAAUCAAUUACAAGUGGCAUUAAAAAAUACGUCUGAUAUAAUAAAUAGAAGUCAUCGUUCAAGACGUACACGUGAUAUACAUUUAUCGGCAAUGCUUAUUAGUUUGAAUGUUUUUUAUUUAUUAUUAAAUUCACCAUUUCAUUUUCAUCAAACAUUUGCAAAGCAUUUUCACGAUCCAAAUCCAGAUCCAUGUAACGUGAUGUUUUAUGGUUUAAUUUUUGAUACCUUACAACAAACAUUUUUCUCCAUCAAUUUCUUUUUAUACGUUUUAACAAAUCGACGUUUUCGAGAAGAAUUCUAUAAAACAAUGACUAUAAUUGUAUCACGUUGUAGACAAAAUUCUUCGAGAAAAGAAUACAAUCAUCGUACAAGUAAACUACGAAUACGUUCAUCAAGUAUCAAUACAUCAGCAGCAGUAAAAUCAUCUUCAAAUCAUGAUAAUCUUAUGAUUGAUGCAUCGUCUCGUCAGAAUCUUGAUAGUAUUAUGUCUGACAUAGAAUCAACUACAAUAUCACCAUCACAACAACCACAACAAACAAUCACAUUAAUUAAUGAAAUGUCAAUAUUUAAUCUAAUGGCUGAUAAACCGGAUCUUAUAUGGCAAGUUUUUCAAGCUAUUCAAAGUAAUGAUAAUGGUGAGAAUCUAUGGAAUUUACUUGAUCAAUUAAGGACAACAACAUCGGAUGAUGGUAUAGUUUACAUGACGUAUGGAAGUGAAACACCACAAUCAUUAGCAGAAAAACUUCAUAGACAAAAUUUAUUUAAACUGAUUCAACUUCAUCAGAAAUUAAGCUCUCUUCGAGCGCAAUUUUAA